CGCCGAUGUAACGUUUGAUGCUCUUAUAAUAAAUAAAAUAAUUUGUUUAGAACUCUAAGUUAAUGACACUGUGUGAUAAAAAUGAGUGCCAGGAGUAGAAGACUCGUUAGAAUGGUCACGGAAGACAAGGAUGCAAACCAUGAACACGAGCAGGAGUAUGAACAACGCCAGGCUUCAGAUCUCGGCGAGUCACAAGAACAUAUCGAUGAUCAGAGCAGCAGAUUUAAUGAUAAUAUUUUUCUUGAUGAUCGCACGUCAGAGUCGGAGCAAGAGCUUCCACGGACUAAGAUAACAUUGCCUGCAAGGCGAAUCUCGGAAACUACAUCAGAGUCAGAGUCGUCGUUAUUCGGCAGCGACUUUUCUGAUAACGAUCCUACCUACUAUCCAGACGACGAGGACCAGCAGCAGGCUCCUGGCAACCACGGCGAUGAUGAUGGUGAUUUAAUUACAUUGCAGGACUUAUUAGGCGCCACUGCUAAUGAUAGCAUUUAUUCUUUUACUAUAUCACCACAGCCUGGCAUCUGUCACCAAUAUGAAGACAUAAAUAACGACACAGCCUCUGAGAUUGCUACUCUAAUAUUAUCAAAUGUGUUAGAGUUGGUUUGGGCUGAAGUGAAAACAUUAAGCCGUUGGCGAGCUGCUGAUCCGAGCAAUUGGAAAAAAAAUGUCGCAAAAAAAAGACGUGCGGAAGGGUUGUCGUAUACAACUAAUAACCACAUAAGAGCCCCAAAAGUCCCUAAGACAGUUUAAUGUACAAAAUGCUUAUUCAAAUGUACAGAUACAUUUACCGAACAAAAUUGAGCGAAAAUAUGUAGAAUCUACUGGCAUUUGGACUUUGUAAACAAAAAAAACUUUAUACUGUCUCGUGUUACAGUCCAGCCACUAAAGAAAGUCCUGGUAGAGAGAAAACGUCCAGCUAGACCUUACACUACAAAGUGUUUUUUUUUAUUUAGGCGCAGAAGAGCGACAAGUUUGCCAGAAAUUCUUUUGCUCUACUUUAGGCAUCUCACAGGCAACUCUCGGUGACGCGUUUAAAAACCGAAAUGAACUUGGAUUUUACUCCAGUGCUGAUGGACGAGGACGUCAUAUUCCGCCAAAUAAGACUUCCCCAGAAAAAGUGCAAGAAGUAGUUGACCACAUUUCUUC